CUUACGUUAUUUUGUAUUGCAGGGUUUGGAUGCAGAUAUGUUUGGGGAGAUCCUGAGUUACAUCUACUCGGGAACCCUCCAUGUGUCCAUGGACAAAGUGCAGUCCCUGUACCAGGCAGCCGACCUCCUCCAACUGGACUAUGUGAGAGACACCUGCAGCAGCUAUAUGGCCAUGAAUGUGGACCGCUCCACCUGUGUGGACCUGUACAAGUUUGCGGAUGUCUUUUCUGUGGUCAUUGUCAGUAAAGCUUGCCAGCAGUGGGUCCAUAGAUACUUUGUUGAGUUUUCCUCCAGUGAUGAGUUCUGCGGCCUGAGUGUGACUCAGCUGAAUGAGAUCAUCAGCCAUGAUGAGCUGGAUGUUAAAGAGGAGACAACAGUGUGGGAGGCUGUGGUGAGAUGGGUGCAGCACAGCAGGGAGGACAGAUUGCACCAUCUACCCAGCAUCCUCCCUCACAUCCGCUUCAACUUGCUGACCUCAGACAACACGGCAGCCAUCUUGGAUCACCCCCUGGUCAGAGAGGAUCCUGGGAGUUCUCAGGUCAAUGUGGUGCAGAAGGGGAACCUCAAUCUAAAGCCGAGGCUUGGGAUGACUACAGAGAUGGUUCUGCUGCAGAAUACGAGUGUGAGGGGAGAUGCUUUCCUCUUCAUGAACCCUCAGGAAGGAACGUACAUCAGCUGCGGUUACAACACUGCCACUUUGGUUACAACCAUGGCAGUUACCAGUAAUAACGAUAUCUACAUGGUAGAUUUUGAUGAUUCAGAGCCGCUUGAGUUGUCCAUGUUAAAGUACAACCAUGCCAAAAACGUUUGGGAAGAUGCAGGUAUGCCAUCAAUGUCUGUGUUGGACCGGUCUGGACCAGAAGAGGAUUUGAGGGUCUACAAAGGGAACCUUGUUGAAGUUGAUCAGAUUUUAUUUUAUAUUGCUGCUGAAAGCGCAGGCGGUUCAACAAUGUGGAUGAAAAAAUACAACCAGCACACGAACCAAUGGCAGGAGUGUUCACAGCUGCAAGUUGACAGACCUGAAUACUACAGUACAGCAUUGUCCUGCGGUUCACACAUUUAUUUUCUGACAAGAACUGAAGUGCAUCGCUAUGACCCGAGCCAGGACCGUUGGAGCAAGAGGGACCCACCGCUGAUCCUACGUGACGUCUGCACAGCUGUUGCCAUGGGAACGGAGAUUUUCUGUACAGAUUAUGAAUUCACUCGAACGAUGGUGUACGACACAGAGUCAGAUCGCUGGCAAAUAUUACAAGGCUGGCCAAACCCAGGAACCCUUGAACUUGAUAAUGUUACCAGGCUCUUUGUACUGGAGAAUCAGCUACAUGUAUUGUUAACCUGUAGCAAUAAGAUGUAUCUCGUUUAUGUGUAUGACAGGUCUGCAGAUGCCUGGAGAGACUUGAAGGCCACCCUGCCUAAUACGAGCUAUUAUGCGCAAGGUUCUCAUUGCCCUGUGGCACGUAUAUACCUUCCAUAUCUUAAGGGGCAUAAGAACACAUAAACUUCUUACACAUUUUAGCGUUAAUGCACAGGUUAAGGCCAUAUAGGACAUGCCCGACAGCCUGGAUUAACGUUUUGUUUAGAUCUCAGGCUUUGCUGAAAAUCUCCAGAGUGUGAUAGGUCUUUUACUACAGGUUGUAGUACUAGAUUUCAUACCAAGAAGACAUUUCAUAGAAACGCUUCCUUCUUUCUUUCAUAUAGGUAAGGAAUAUCUUCUUUAAGGGUCUUAAAUCCAUCAGCCUUGCUGCCAUUCUAGGGAGUUUCCUGGGGCCUUGUAGUGUUAUUUGGUGAGAUGUUGGGGG